AUAUUAACGUCUUCGUUUUUUUUUGUUUUCUUAUUUUUCCUUCAUAUUUGUUUUAAAAUUAUUAUGAGGGACUUUAUGAUAUUUCAAUGCGAUUUAUUAAUGAACGAAUUUGGAUUUAUUUUAAUAUUUUUAAAUUUAAGUGAUUCUUAUUAUUUAAAAUAUUCUAACACACUUAUAAUAUGCAUCUUAAGACUACUCUCUUUUAAAAUAUUGUUUAACUCGGCAGUUCGAAAGUUAGUUUAUGAUAGGAAAGCUUGGGUAAAUUUCGACUGUUUUGAAAAUUUCUUUUUCUCUCAACCUGUCCCAUCUCUUUUAUCAUAUAUGGCAAAUUGUAAAUUUGAUAAGAAACUAAUUUGUUUUUGUAUAAUAGUAUCUGAGAUAAUAUUUUCCUGGCUUGUAUUUUGUGCAUCACGUUUAAGAUUAUUCUUUUUUGGAAUCUUUGUUU